CGAUCCGCCCCCCCUGGUCAGAACAGACACUCCUCCCUUCAUGAGCACUGGUCAGGAAACAGAACAGAGGAAGCAGCUCGGUUUUUCCACGACACGUCUUCAUCAAAACAAGAUGAAAAAGUUAUUUUUGUUGCUUCUCUUCUGUCAAGUUUCAUCAUCAGUGAAACACUCUCUGAAAAUUUCCAUAACUGGAUCUUCUGGACUCACAAACUUCCCAGAGUUUGUGGCAACUCUAAUGAUUGAUGACAUUUCGGUAGGCUAUUGUGACAGCAACAGAAAGAAGAUAGAACUAAAACAGGACUGGAUGAAAAAAUUAUUUGAAGACGAUCCUCAGCAUUUGGAGUGGUACACUAUAGAGUGUCUUCAGAGUGAGCCAAUCGUCAUCAAAUACUUGAUAAAUUAUUUGAAGCAGCUCUUCAACCAAAGUGGAGGUGUCCACAUUGUACAGAGGGUGAGUGGUUGUGAGGUGGAUGAUGAGACUGGAGAGGUUAGCGGUUUCAAUCAGUAUGGUUAUGAUGGAGAAGACUUCUUAUCAUUUGACCUGAAGACAUUGACAUGGAUCACUCCUAAACCACAGGCUUCAGUCAUGAAACAGACAUGGGAUGCUGACAAAGCCGGAACAAGAUUCAAUGUGAUUUACCUCACACAGAUUUUUCCUGGGUGGCUGAAGAAAUAUUUGGUCUAUGGCAACAGCUCUCUGCUGAGAACAGAGCUUCCCUCAGUGUCUCUCCUCCAGAAGACUCCCUCCUCUCCAGUCACCUGCCAUGCUACAGGUUUCUACCCUGACAGAGCCAUGAUGUUCUGGAGGAAAGAUGGAGAGGAGUUUCAUGAGGACGUGGAGCACGGAGAGAUCCUCCCCAACCAUGAUGGAACCUUCCAGAUGAGCGUCGACCUGAACCUUUCAUCAGUCACACCUGAAGACUGGAGGAGGUACGACUGUGUGUUUCAUCUCUCUGGUGUAGAGGACGACAUCGUCACCAGACUGGACAAAGCAGAGAUCAGGACCAACUGGGAGCAGCCCAGUAACAUGAUCCUGAUCACUGCUGCAGUGUUUGUUCUUGCUGUCCUCAUCGCUGCUGUUGGAUUCACUGUCAGCAAAGAGAAGAACGCUGCUGAGAUCGCUGAGAAAGUCAAUCCGGAAACACACACUGACGCCAACAACAAAACAGGAAAUGCUGUGACCUGAACCUGAACUGUGUUCUUACUCUUCAUCACAGGAUUCAUCCUCAUCCUCAUCGUGGGAGUGACUGCAUGUCACAAAGUACACACAUUACACCAAUGACCCUCUGAGCUAAUAAACAAACGUAGCAUCAGGUAACUCCUCUACAGGUAAACAACAUGUAUGAAUAUGAAAUACACUGAAAACUAAAGUACUGAGAAAUAAACAAUAUACAGGUA